AGCAAGGCUGGCAUUGGAGAUGACCCCAAAUCACUGGAUAUCUGGUCCUCUGUCUCUUCCUGGGCCUCCUGGGAGCACAACCACAGUUUACCCCUCCCAUCUUGGAGAGGGAGCUUCUUUUGCAAGCACCCAACCACCCAAAACCAGGGUUUGCUGCAUUAUAAUGUGUGAAAAGACUACCUACUGUUUGGUAGGAAGCUGUGAAAGGCCAGACUAUUGUCUGCAUGGUGGUUUCAGAUUUAAUUGGGAAAUUUAGGACUCUGUCACAGGUUAGGGUGCUUUUUCUGCGGUUGAGGGGGGUGUUUCUACUUUGUGGAUAUGCGUAAUAUUUCCUGUAUUCGCGCCCUUGCCUCUUUUUCACCUCCCCCUUCCUUUUUAUUUUUUGCUGUGUUACUUUCUGGGGGUUGGAUGUCACAAGCUGUUUUGUGUGCUCUUGUUCUGCAGAACUCUUGUGAAUCCUUGGUGGGAAGGGGGACAAUGGAAUGAAAAACCUGGUUAGUGGAGAUGGGGCAAAAAAAAGUUUUGCACAGAGCAGACUGUUCUCACUUUUCUCUGAAGUGCCUCAGGGCAAUCUGUUUUGGAGACAGAAUUUUAACUGGAGUAGUGGAGACAAAGAAAAAAGGCUCUGUGUGUUGGGUGAAUGGAACUUCUCACCAGCUGCCUGAUUCAUUGAAUGAAGUCGUUUCCAUUUCAAAUCAAAGUGUACAGUGGCUAAAUGCUGGGGUGCUCGCUGGGCAGUUUUUCUCACCUUGAUUCAUAUGCUUCGCUGCCAGGGAACGGUUUGUGAUUGUUGCCGCUGUGAUGCUGUGUGUGCUGAGGGUACAAUUCAGGGCGCUUGCAGAGGUGUGUUCGUUGAGCCUCUGAACAAAAACAAAACAAAACAAACUAAAUUAAAGAUUGAGUUUCAGGUUUCUCUGGCACAUGCUGUGGGUUUGGAGGAGAAGGCAUCCUUGCUUUUGCAAGCACCUUGAAAUGGAGCUGGGGGGAGGGGGAGACAGAGAUCUGCCCUGGGGUUUGGUGGGUGGGAUCCUGAAACUAUCAGGACACAUAGAUGUACACAGACAUAGUGAUAGUCUAACUGCAUUUCUCAAGCAUAGCUCUCUCUGGAUCUGAGCUGGGAGGAGACUAGGGCUCAGAUCCUGAUUUGAAUCCCUUAGUGCAGAAUUCUUCAACUUUGUACUUCCAGGACUGCAAAGUGCCAACAUCCCCAGGAGGCUUAGCCCAAUUACGAGAACCAUAGGAAGCUGUCAGGAAUCUCUCCUAGCCCUACCUGGAAAGUCCAGGGAUUGAACCAGGAAUCUUCUGCAUGCAAAGCAGUUGUUCUACCACUGAUUUACAGGAUGAUGGGAGUUGUAGCCCAACAACACAUGAAAAUCCCAAGGUUGAAGGGGGUUGACCUAGUGACUCUCCUAGCCCUGUCACUCAAGUCUCCCAUCAGUGUCACAGGUCUCUCUCUCUCUCUGUUGCCAGAAGGAGCCUUUCUAGCAGUGACAUACAGUAAUUAGCUAAUAAUUUGAAAUGGUCAGGCAAUUCAGUAAAUGUUUUUUGGAAUAAACUUCUGGUGAUAGUUGGCAUGGAUUGACCCAUGUUAGUGAAAGUGAAGUGAUUCUCCCCCCCCCCCCUGCCGCUCUCCACUCCCCUUGCUUUGGAGCAGGUCUUCUUUCAGUCACAGUAUUCACACAUUUAUUUGGUGCAAGUCAUCAAUUGGUUGUGUGUGCACAUAUGAACCGCCCCUUUGGAAGGGCCUUCUAAGGAUCUGGGCUGCCUGAGGCCACCCUUUUCUCGUGUUCCUGUGCACAGCGGAAGUCUGCAAGUCACCUUAGUCAUCAUGUCAAAUAAUAAUUUUGCAUCUUGCCUUCCGGGAAAUGGAGGAGAAACAGCUCUGGUUUUUUUUUUUUUUGCAUACCUUUUGGGGUCAGUGUCUAGUUUCGCUCUGUGUUUUCUCCCCCCAGCGGCAGUUCCAGCUACACACAGGCCCAUCCUCCACUUUCCUUCUGAGCUAUUGGUAACUAGAGUGCCUGGUUGAGGUUGCUGUGUUGUGUGUGUGUGUGUGGUAUGUCUGUGUGUGCAUGUGUCUUGAAGAGUGCUCUCUCCUGUCUCAAUCAGGAGCAUGUAGGUGUUGGGUAUCAAGGAGACUGAGCCAAACCCCAUCAGCUUGUAGUAAAUACAAGAGGUAUCCUUGGCUUUUGACAAUGGGCAGCUCUGAUUUCACCCCCUCCUUUCCCGCUUUGUUUGGGGAAGGCCGAGAGCUCUGCUCUGCAGCUGUUGCUUUUUCCCACGAACUCGGGCCCGCCUGCUUUACAACUCUCUCUUAUCCCGGUCUCUGUUGGGCUCCUUUUGCAGACACACUGCGCUUUAAAAAAAAUCAAAUCAUGAAUAUCUGAGCAGCCAGACAAUUCAAAAAUAGCUUUGUAAGAGAGAGUGUGUUUGUAUGUGUGUGUUCUGUGAGCAGGAUGGUGGCGGGGUGUGUGUCUGUGUCUGCCCUCUGGAAAGAAAAGAGCCUGAAUUCCCAAAGCUGUGAAUGAAAGACAGGUUUUUGGCUUCCUCCGUCCUGAGCGGUGGGCUUUCUAGGAUGCAGCCAUGCCCCGCCUGCAAGGAUGAUCUCCCGCCUGAAUGUUUUUGAAGCAGUAGCUUAAAAACAUAAGUGAAAUACCAAUACUUUGCUGAUUUGGGGGAAUAGUCACUGCCCCAGCCUCUUUGGGACAGAGACCAAUGUUUCAGUUUCUUGCUUAUGCUCACAGUGAAUGUGAUGGGAGCACCAUACCCUUUUUAUUUUUACAGAGAGGGAGCUAAUGAUGAGGUGCUGAGUUGAACCCACCUUGUUGAAAGCUAAACCAAAAGCCAGGGGUAUUUUGUUUAUUUAUUUAGUGAAGGUCCUUGUUUGCUGGUUUUAGAGCACUUGCAACCAAGAAGACUCAGAGUGGCUCUACAUGCAAUCAAUAAUAAACAACAACAAUAAAACAAAAUAAAAAAAUUCCUUCAGUAGCACCUUAAAGACCAACUAAGUUUUUAUUUUGGUAUGAGCUUUCGUGUGCAUGCACACUUCUUCAGAUACAGACCAACACGGCUACCUACCUGUAACCAGACCAACACGGCUACCUACCUGUAACAAUAAAACAAAACAGUCUUUACUACCUCAGUAGGCCAAACAGCUGGUUCACAAUCUAGACUUACUUCAUCUUUUGUCUCAAAAACAGCUUUAACUUAAGGUAUAAGUGGCAGCCUCUAAAGAGCAGGGCAAUAAUAGGGUUGUGCUUGGUUCUGAUUUGCUUGUCUGAGGUUCUCCUGGCUAAGUGUAGCUUUGAACCCAGGAUCCCAAGAUUCAGCCAUGCAGGUAAGUCAGCAAUAGCAGCCCUGCCCAUACACACAUGUCUCAUGUGACCUAUCAGGGACCUAAAGAGAAGAAAUCAACAAUUCUUUUCUGAUGAGCAAGUACUUCCAUGCCUUCCAGGCAAUCCAGUGAAUGAGCAUUUAAAUUCCACUACUGUUGCCAUUGUUAUACAACAGGGGUGGCCAACUCCCAAGGGACUGUGAUCUACUCACAGAGUUAAAAACUGGCAGUGAUCUACCCCCUUUUUGGGGUUCAGGUCAAAGUUGUUUAGCUUUUUUUUAGGAAGGAGGAAGGUCCAUGGGUUUUUUCCCAUGGGUUGUUGAGUUUUUUCAGGGAGGAGGUAAAAUGUUGAGCUUUUUUUAGGGCAGCCACAGUUGUUCAGCUUCUUUGAGGGUAGCCAAUGAUCUAUCAGCGAUCUACCACAGACGUCCAGUGAUCUACCGGUAGAUCACGAUCUACCUGUUGGACAUGCCUGUUAUACAACGAAGUGAAGCAGGCAGCUCUUUGCUUCAGUGAGCUACGACACAAGUGGGGAAUCUCAGGCCUAAGGACCAGAUGUGGCCCUCAGGACUCUCUUUUCUGGACCACCCACAUUCACCAGGCUGCAUUAAAGCUCCCUCUGCACUGCACUCUCCUUAAGUGCUCUUGCCUGGCUAGCUCUGGUGUCCUUAAGCCAUGAUGGUGCUGCUUGCUUGUGUGGAUGGAGAGAGAGGUGUGUGGUGUGUGUUCAAACUUCUGACUUUUGCAUGGCUACAAUAGAGUGUACUGUUCAGAUGUAACAGCUGCAUCCAUUUGUUCUUCCCACUUUUUCCCCUGACCUCCUCUGAUAUGUGCCCCCCCCCAGAAGGUUGGCAAUGAAAAAUUGUGGCCCUUGGGAGCUGAUAUAAAACUCCCUGUCCUUGGCUUACUGAACGAUGCUGGCUGGCUUCUCUUGCACCUUAGCCACUAAUUCAGCCUUGUCUCAUUUGCUGCCUUAGAACCCCAUUGGAGAAGAGCUUUCUUGCUCUUUUCCUUUUCGCAAAGAACAUUUGGCUUAAGACUGAACAGUACAAGUUGGAGCACAGGUACCCUGUGGUCAAGUCCUGACAUUUGAGGGUCUGAUGCUGAGCUUGGAUCUUCUGAGUAAGCACAGCUGACAUCAUUAUGGGGCUCCAGCAGGGUGGCGUGAACCUUUUUCUAUUAAAACAACCCACACUUAUGUGCUUUGAAACCAUUGCUGGUCAGACAUGAACUUCCUAUUUGCAGGGAAGUAGGGCAGAUUUUGGGACUGACAGCUCCAUACCCACCCUCUUGCCCAUUUUAAAAAUGUGGCUCAUCCAACAGCCAAGAACACAAUAUGGUUGUUCUUUGGAUUUGGUUUGAGAACUCAGACUUGCAGCAUUUGCUUUUCCACAAAACUGGCCCUGAGGUCUCUCCGUUGGCUAACCAGAAUUCUGCUCAGCCAGGAUGCGCCUUGUUCCAAUGCGUUAUUGCUGGCAAACCACAACAUGUUCCGGUUUGUGGAUCUUAUCUGUAGGGCUGUGCACAUUUUCCCUGAAUUGAGUUAAGCAUAGAAUUUGUCAUCCUGAUUUUUCUUCCUUUUCAAAACAUUAAAACAAAAAAACCCUCCCUAGCCCUCAUGGUUGUGGAGGGAAGUCUGGAACUCUGCAGAGAGAAUCAAGAAGGAGAUCUGAUGUGGCUCAAAAUUGUGGGGUUAGAGCUGGAACUUGCCAUGCUGCAGAGAUUCCUGUCCCUGACAAGCUCCCUCCUCUUCCCACUAUCUUUGCUCACCCCUCCAUCCUCUUUUAGGUUCUUGGGGAACUGGGACUCUGGUUCCAAGCUAAAUUAUGCACAGAUAAGAAGCAUGGGCUUCAUUGCAUCAUUUGUUUUAACUGCAUAUUUUAUUUUAACUGCACUUUAACACUGGCUUUCAAUUAACACAUUCAAACCUGGAUCCCUAGCCUGUUCCAAGGUGGCAGAGGUGUCUUUGGCUGUGUUUGGGACCACAUGCAAGCGAGAAUGUCUUUCCACACUUUCAUUCCACCUGUGGUCUUAGUCCUGGUGGUGCUGAACUUGAAGGACAGAAAGUGUUCAGAAAGAGACCUUUGGUGGAAAGAGGCCUCUUUUUUCUUCUCUUCUCUUCUUUUCUUUUGUCUAACUGAUGCUGAGUUGCUACAUGUUGCAUGUCUGCAGCGGGGGAAAGUGAAUUGUGUAGAACUAGAAAAAUGGGAGGGCCCCUCUUUGCAAAUCUUCGGGUUGUUUUCAGUUCCUAAACUGAAUUGCAAACAAUUGCUGCUAUAUCUGAACUUGUUUCCGUUUUGCUUAUUCUGUGUUUAUUAGGGAAUUUGGUUGAAAAGGCAAUGUAGGAGAGGGCUUAGACUUAGAUCAUAGGACUUGAAUCUUGAAACCUGGGAAACUUCAGACCACCUUCAUUCUUAAGUCAGCCAACAGCCUGAGUCUGGGCCUUGCUUCAACCUCAGAUCCCCAUCUGUGAAAUGGGGACAGGAUUCCUUUACCUUGUGGGGUUGUUAAUGCUGAGAGGAAAAAGGCCUGAUAAUGAUUAGAUUUCUUUGACUGUGGCAGCAUUCAGUUUUUUUUUUAUAAAACCAAGCUAAAAUGCUAAGUGAGUACAAUCUAUUGUUUAUGGAGUAGGUCACCACAAACUGCCUGCCGCUUAUCUCCACCCUAGUUUAUUAUUUGCAAGGAGUGAUUGUUCUGUGGUAUUAUGGCAGUGGACAAAGCUGUAGUGUAACUCUUGGUUUUGUGAGGAAUGUAUUGUUAUGAGUUGUUUUAAUAUCAAAUAAAUGUGUUUAAAAAAGAAAAGGAAAACAUUAUUUCCAAGCCAUUGGAGAGUAACACUCUGCGGUCUCAUUGCAGGCUUCCAGUGUUCCCAGACUUCUGAGUCCUGCUUGAAUGGAGGAAGGUGUGAAACCUACCCCAAUGGAACAGGGGUUUGCCGGUGCCCCAGCUCUCAUGUGGGCAGCCGGUGCCACCUGCAGAACCCGUGUCUCAGCUACCCCUGCAAGAAUGCGGGCACCUGCCAGCCCUUCGUCCGUGGCAACGUGGCCGAGUAUACCUGUGCCUGCCACCUAGGCUACACUGACAAGCUGUGCCUUACUCCUGAGGAGAACGCGUGUCUCAGCAGCCCCUGCCACAAUGGAGGGAGCUGCGACCUUGUCACGCUGACGGAAUACAAGUGCCGCUGCCCUCCGGGGUGGUCAGGCAAAACAUGCCAGCAGGCAGACCCUUGCGCCUCCAACCCUUGUGCCAACAGUGGGCAGUGUGUGCCCUUCGAAUCGACCUACGUGUGCAAGUGCCCGCCGGGCUUCCAUGGGGCCACGUGCAAGGAGGACACCAACGAGUGCAGCCGCUCCCCUGCCAUCUGCAAGAACGGCGGCACCUGCUUCAACGUGGUGGGCUCCUACCAGUGCCAGUGCAGGCAGGCCUACACAGGGCAGAACUGCGAGCACCUUUACGUCCCCUGCAACCCCUCGCCCUGCCAGAACGGAGGCACCUGCCGGCAGACCGGAGACACCACCUACGAGUGCACCUGCCUGCCAGGUUUUGCUGGUCAGAACUGUGAGGAAAAUCUCAACGACUGCCCAGGGAACAACUGCAAGAAUGGGGGGACCUGCGUGGACGGGGUGAACACCUACAACUGUCAGUGCCCCCCUGAAUGGACAGGCCAGUACUGUGCAGAGGAUGUGGACGAGUGCCAACUGAUCCCCAAUGCCUGCCAGAACGGCGGCACGUGCCACAACACCCAUGGCAGCUACAACUGUGUCUGUGUCAACGGCUGGACAGGCGAGGACUGCAGCGAGAACAUUGACGACUGCGCCAACGCUGCCUGCUUCGUGGGAGCCACCUGCCACGAUCGCGUGGCCUCUUUCUACUGCGAGUGCCCUCACGGACGGACAGGUCUGCUGUGCCACCUCAACGAUGCUUGCAUCAGCAACCCUUGCAAUGAUGGGUCCAACUGCGACACCAACCCAGUCACUGGGAAGGCCAUCUGCACCUGCCCCUCUGGCUACAUGGGGCCUGCCUGCAACCAGGAUGUGGAUGAAUGCUCGCUUGGUGCCAACCCCUGUGAGCAUGCGGGGAAGUGCCUCAACACAGAGGGCUCCUUCGAAUGCCAGUGCCAGCAAGGCUACUCUGGCCCCCGCUGUGAGAUUGAUGUGAAUGAGUGCUCCUCAAACCCCUGCCAGAAUGAUGCCACCUGCCUGGACCAGAUUGGGGUCUUCCACUGCAUUUGCAUGCCAGGCUACGAGGGCAUCUACUGUGAGAUCAACACAGACGAGUGCGCCAGCAGCCCUUGCCUGCACAACGGGAACUGUGUGGACAAGAUCAAUGAGUUUGCCUGCGAGUGCCCCAGAGGUUUCAAUGGCCACCUGUGCCAAUAUGAUAUUGAUGAGUGUGCCAGCACCCCGUGCAAGAAUGGUGCCAAGUGUGUUGAUGGCCCCAGUGCCUACACCUGUGAAUGCACUGAAGGCUUUUCUGGCCCCCACUGUGAGACUGACAUUAACGAGUGUGACCCAGACCCUUGCCACUAUGGGACCUGCCAAGAUGGCAUUGCCACCUUCACCUGCCUCUGCCAGCCAGGCUACACGGGGCGUCUCUGUGACAUGAACAUCAACGAGUGCCAGAGCCAGCCUUGCAAGAAUGGGGGCACCUGUCAGGAUCGGAACAAUGCUUAUAACUGCCUCUGCCUCAAAGGGACAACAGGGCCCAAUUGCGAGGUCAACGUGGAUGACUGUGCCAGCAAUCCGUGUGACUAUGGCAAGUGCAUCGACAAAAUCAAUAGCUACGAGUGCACCUGUGAGCCUGGAUAUGCAGGGAGGAUGUGCAACAUCAACAUUGAUGAAUGUGCCAGUAACCCUUGCCACAACGGAGGCACCUGCAGGGACGGCAUCAACGGCUUCGUUUGCGUCUGCCCAGAGGGCUACCAUGAUCCCAUGUGCCUCUCGGAAGUCAAUGAGUGCAACAGCAACCCCUGCAUCCACGGGAAAUGCAAUGAUGGCCUGAAUGGCUACAAGUGCGAUUGUGACCCAGGCUGGAGCGGGACAAACUGCGACAUCAACAACAACGAGUGCGAAUCCAACCCUUGUAUGAAUGGUGGCACCUGUAAAGAUAUGACCAGCGGCUACAUCUGUACCUGCCAGGAGGGCUUCAGCGGUCCCAACUGCCAGACCAACAUCAACGAAUGUGCCUCCAACCCAUGCCUGAACCAAGGGACCUGUAUCGAUGAUGUGGCCCGUUACCAGUGCAACUGUCUUCCACCAUACACCGGGCCAACCUGUCGGGAUGUCCUGGCUCCAUGUGCAGACGGUCCCUGCAAGAACGGUGGCAAGUGCAGAGAAUCUGAAGAUUUUGAGAGCUUCUCUUGCGCCUGCCCUCCAGGGUGGCAAGGGCAAACCUGUGAGAUCGACAUCAACGAAUGCGUGAAGAGCCCUUGCCGGAAUGGUGCCGCAUGUCAGAAUACGAAUGGUAGCUACUGGUGUGUCUGCAAACCUGGGUUCACAGGCAGCACCUGCGAGACGGACGUCGAUGACUGCCAGCCUAAUCCUUGCCACAACGGCGGGUCCUGCUCCGAUGGCAUCAAUGCCUUUUUCUGUGACUGCCUCGCUGGCUUCCGGGGCCCCAAGUGUGAGGAGGACAUUGACGAGUGUGCCAGCAACCCUUGCAAGAAUGGCGCCAACUGCACGGACUGUGUCAACAGCUACACCUGUACUUGCCCUUCUGGCUUUAGCGGGAUCCACUGCGAGCAUAACACCCCCGACUGCACAGAAAGCUCCUGCUUCAAUGGGGGCACAUGUGUGGAUGGCAUCAACACCUUCACCUGUGUCUGUCCACCUGGCUUCACGGGAAUCUACUGCGAGCACGACAUCAACGAGUGUGACUCCAAGCCCUGCCUGAAUGGUGGCACCUGCCAGGACAGCUACGGGACCUACAAGUGCACUUGCCCCCAGGGCUACACUGGCCUCAGUUGUCAGAACCUGGUGCGUUGGUGUGACUCCUCACCCUGCAAGAAUGGCGGAAAGUGCUGGCAGACAGACAACCUGUACCGCUGUGAGUGCACCAGUGGCUGGACUGGACUCUACUGUGAUGUCCCCAAUGUCUCCUGUGAGGUGGCUGCACGGCAGCAAGGCGUCGAAGUGGUGCACCUGUGCAGGAACUCUGGGCUCUGUGUGGACAGGGGCAACACCCACUCUUGCCAGUGCCAGGCCGGCUACACAGGCAGCUACUGCGAGGAGCAGGUGGAUGAGUGCUCUCCGAACCCGUGCCAGAAUGGGGCCACCUGCACAGACUACCUUGGGGGCUACUCGUGUGAGUGUGUUGCUGGCUACCACGGGAUCAACUGCUCAGAGGAGAUCAACGAGUGCCUUUCCCACCCCUGCCAGAACGGAGGGACCUGCAUUGACCUCAUCAACACCUACAAAUGCUCCUGUCCCCGAGGAACUCAAGGAGUGCACUGUGAGAUCAACAUAGACGACUGCAGCCCACCCUUUGACCCCAACACCUUCACCCCUAAGUGCUUCAACAACGGGCAGUGUGUGGACCGCGUAGGGGGCUACAGCUGCAUUUGCCUGCUGGGCUUCGUUGGGGAGCGCUGUGAGGGUGACGUCAACGAGUGUCUGUCCAACCCUUGUGACCCGCUAGGAACCCAGAACUGUGUGCAGCGCAUCAACGACUACGUCUGCGAGUGUCGUCUGGGAUAUUCUGGGCGUCACUGUGAGACGGUGGUAGACGGCUGCCGGAACCAUCCCUGCAAGAACGGUGGGACCUGUGCAGUGGCCAGCAACACACAGCACGGCUACAUCUGCAGGUGCCCUCCGGACUGGGACGGUGCCACGUGUGAGAACGACGCCCGCGGCUGCGGACCGUUGCGGUGCCUGAACGGCGGGACCUGCAUCUCCACCCAGAGGAGCUCCAGGUGCCUUUGCCCACUGGGCUUCAGCGGAGCUGCCUGCCAGUUCUCCUCCGGCAGCCCCUGCCACUCCAGCCCCUGCUACAACGGGGGCACCUGCCAGCCUGCCAAGGAGCCGCCCCACUAUCGCUGCAACUGCCCAGCCCGUUUCAACGGUCUGAACUGCCACAUCUUGGACUACGACUUCACAGGUGGCCUUGGCCAGAACAUCACUCCACCUCCCUUGGAGGAGAAGUGUGAGAUCCCCGUGUGCGCCAGCCACGCCGGCAACAAGAUCUGUGACGCCCAGUGCAACAACCACGCUUGCGGCUGGGACGGUGGCGACUGCUCCCUGAAUUUCAACGACCCCUGGAAGAACUGCUCCCAGUCCCUCCAGUGCUGGGACUACUUCAACAACGGGCGCUGUGACACUCAGUGCAACAACACCGGCUGCCUGUACGACGGUUUCGACUGCCAGAAGAUGGAGGGGCAGUGCAACCCUCUGUACGACCAGUACUGCAAGGACCACUUCUCUGACGGACACUGCGACCAGGGCUGCAACAAUGCAGAGUGUGAGUGGGAUGGUCUCGACUGUGCCAACAACGUACCCGAAAAGCUGGCGGACGGCACUUUGGUGGUGGUGGUGCUGACCACCCCGGAAAACCUAAAGAACAACUCCUUGAACUUCCUGCGGGAGCUCAGCCGCAUCCUUCACACCAAUGUGGUCUUCAGGAAGGAUGACAAGGGCGAGUACAUGAUAUUCCCCUACUAUGGCAAGCCAGAGGAGCUCAAAAAGCACCACAUCAAGCGGUCGUUGGUGGACUGGCCAGAUAUGAGUGAUGCAGUCUUCAAGUUAAGGUCUGCGCUGUAUGAUACCAUCAUUGACAGGCACAGGAGGGAGCUGGACCAUGUGGACAUCUGCGGAUCAAUCGUUCACCUGGAGAUUGACAACCGCCAGUGUGUCCAGUCCUCCUCUCAGUGCUUCCAAAGUACCACAGAUGUGGCGGCCUUCCUUGGUGCUUUGGCGUCACGGGGCAGCCUGGACAUCCCAUACAAAAUCGAAGCUGUUAAGAGUGAAAGUACUGACACCCAAAGGAGCACCCAGUGGUACCCUAUGUAUAUGGUGGUGCCUGGUGUCUUCCUCAUCCUCUUCAUUGGUUUCGGGGUUCUGGCAUCGCGCAAGCGGCGGAGGGAACAUGGGCAGCUCUGGUUCCCCGAGGGCUUCAAAGUGACCGAGUCCAGCAAGAAGAAGCGCAGAGAGCCCCUGGGGGAGGAUUCUGUGGGGCUGAAGCCCUUGAAAAAUGCUUCCAAUGGGACCCUGAUGGACGACAACCAGAAUGAGUGGGGUGAUGAGGAGACACUAGACACCAAGAAGUUCAGGGUGGAAGAACAGGCCAUGUUGCCAGACAUGAACGACCAGACUGACCACAGGCAGUGGACACAGCAGCACCUGGAUGCAGCUGACCUGCGCAUCUCUUCCAUGGCACCCACCCCACCCCAAGGGGAAAUUGAUGCUGACUGUAUGGAUGUCAAUGUGCGAGGACCAGAUGGAUUCACGCCACUGAUGAUCGCCUCCUGCAGCGGAGGUGGGCUGGAGAUGGGCAACAGUGAAGAGGAGGAGGACGCCCCAGCCGUGAUUUCGGACUUCAUCUACCAGGGGGCCAGCUUGCACAACCAAACAGACCGCACUGGGGAGACAGCCCUCCACCUGGCAGCCCGCUACUCACGCUCAGAUGCAGCCAAGAGACUGCUGGAAGCCAGUGCCGAUGCCAACAUCCAGGACCACAUGGGAAAGACGCCACUCCAUGCUGCCGUCUCGGCCGAUGCUCAGGGGGUCUUCCAGAUUCUGAUCAGGAACAGGGCCACCGACCUGGAUGCCCGCAUGCACGAUGGGACCACCCCUCUCAUCCUGGCUGCUCGUUUGGCUGUGGAGGGCAUGCUGGAAGACCUCAUCAGCUGCCACGCAGACGUAAAUGCAGUUGAUGACCUAGGGAAAUCAGCGCUGCACUGGGCUGCUGCCGUGAAUAAUAUUGAUGCCGCUGUUGUGCUGUUGAAGAACGGGGCAAAUAAAGACAUGCAGAAUAACAAGGAGGAGACCCCUCUGUUCCUGGCGGCCAGAGAAGGGAGCUACGAGACGGCCAAGGUCCUCCUGGACAACUUCGCCAACCGGGACAUCACAGACCACAUGGACCGCCUGCCACGAGACAUCGCCCAGGAGCGCAUGCACCACGAUAUCGUCCGCCUCCUGGACGAAUACAACCUUGUGCGCAGCCCCCCUUUGCACAGCGGGCCCCUGGGGGCACCUACCCUCUCCCCACCCCUCUGCUCGCCUAGCAGUUACAUUGGCAGCCUGAAGCCAGCUAUGCAGGGCAAGAAGGCACGGAAGCCCAGCACCAAGGGACUGAUCUGCAACGGGAAGGAGUCCUCCAAGGACCUCAAGGCCCGCCGGAAGAAGUCGCAGGAGGGCAAAGGCUGCCUGCUGGACAGCUCCAGCGUCCUCUCCCCAGUCGACUCCCUAGAGUCCCCCCGCGGGUACUUGUCCGAUGUGGCAUCUCCUCCCUUGAUGACCUCCCCCUUCCAACUGUCGCCCUCCAUGCCCCUCAACCACCUGCCAGGGAUGCCCGAUGCCCACCUAAGCAUGAACCACCUCAACCUGGUGGGCAAGCAAGACCUGGGCCUGGGUGCCAGUCGGAUGCAACAGCCCUUCGACUCAGUGCCCCCGCGGCUCUCCCAUCUGCCCACCUCCAACGCCACUGUCAUGAGCGGGGCGCCACUGAAUUUCACCGUGAGCGGAGCGCCUGGCCUAAGUGGGCAAUGCAGCUGGCUGAGUCAGAUGCAGAGCGGCAUUCAGGUGCAGGGCCAAUACAACCCUAUGCGGAAUGGCCUGCAGCAGGGGGCACUCCCACAGGGCCAGGCCCUCCAGCACGGUCUGCUGACCUCCCUCCACAACGGGCUGCCCACCACCACCUUGUCCCAGAUGAUGAACUACCAGGCCAUGCCCAACGGCCGCCUGCCAGCCAAUGCCCAGCCCCACCUCAUGCAGGCACAGCAGCUGCAGCAGAUCCAGCAGCAAAGCAUGCAGCAGCAGCAGCAGCAGCAGCAGCAGACCCACAGCACCGCCCCGAAUGCCGGGGGUGCAAACUUCCUGGGGAACGAGCUGGGCCAGCCUGACUUGCAGCAGCAAGUGAACGGCGGGGCUCUGGCAGUCCACACCAUCCUGCCCCAGGACACCCAGGUCCUGGCCACCUCCCUGCCCUCUGCCCUCACUCAGCCCAUGACCACCACCCAGUUCCUGACUCCACCCUCCCAGCACAGCUACUCCUCCCCCUUGGACAACACCCCCAGCCACCAGCUCCAGGUGCCAGACCACCCGUUCUUGACACCUUCCCCAGAGUCGCCGGACCAAUGGUCGAGCUCGUCUCCACACUCCAACCUGUCAGAUUGGUCCGAGGGCAUCUCAAGCCCGCCCACCAGCAUGCAGUCGCAGAUGGGGCACAUCCCAGAGGCGUUCAAGUAGAGCAAGAGGAGGGGAACCGCCAGGCGACCCCAGAGAGUUUCCUUCGGAGGCAGACGCUUCUUUGGUUGAACCAGAGUAACCUUUGGUUUGAGUUUCUGGUUUUAUAUAUAUAUAUAUAUAUAUA